GCAGGGCCAAGCCGAUGAGGAGGACGACGAGGGGCAAGGCGAAGAUCGGGCCGAGGAGGAUGGAGAGAAGGAGGGCCUGGAAGAGGCACCUCCAGAAGAGGAGGAGGAGGAAGGUGUCGAAGCUCCAGCCUGGGUGGGAACCUUCGACACCAAUGCCAUGGCGUCCAUGAUGCAGGACCAGAACAUGCAGUCACUCUUGGCGCAGCUGGUCCAAGCCAUGCCAGGGCCGGGCAUCAAAGUCCACCCUGACGAUCCUUUCCUGGAUCCCUCGUUUAUUGGGCAGAUGUUUCACGCGCAGACCAUUGACUCAAUGGUCAAGCUGCAAGAUGCAGUUGAAAAGCU